AACCAGCGGAGAGCGUGCUCUGUAGCGCAAUGAGAGAUUGCAAGCUGCUGGUGCAGGGAAGGCUGGCAGCGCUGUGUCGCUUCGGCUCUUCAGCGGCGGUGUGGCGGGCAUAGAGAGUCUCCGUCGGUUGCCGGAGCUCUCUGCAAGUAAGAGAUCCCUUGAGGAACGGAUCUCCCCACGAGGGGGCUGAAGAGGACCAUGUCGGUGGUAACCGGGGGUAGCGAACCGGGGCCAGCCGCUACCGGAGGAGGUGGGGGGAACCGCGUUUUCUUCCAGAGCCCCCGCGGAGGUGGCGGCGGCGGCGGCGGCGGCUCGUCCCGGGAUGAUUCGGUAGCCCCAGCGGCAACGGUGGUGCAAGUUCAGCAGCAGCAGCAGCAGCAGCGGCGUCACCAGCAAGGCAAAGUGACGGUCAAGUAUGACCGUAAAGAGCUGCGGAAACGGCUGGUGCUGGAGGAGUGGAUCGUGGAGCAACUUGGGCAGCUCUACGGCUGCGAGGAGGAAGAGAUGCCGGAUGUAGAAAUCGACAUUGAUGAUCUUCUUGAUGCUGCUAAUGAAGAGGAGAGAACACUCAAAUUACAAGAAGCGCUAGUAGAUUGCUACAAACCCACAGAGGAGUUUAUCAAAGAACUGCUAACUCGGAUAAGAGGGAUGAGGAAACUGAGCCCUCCUCAAAAGAAGAGUAUAUAAGUGAAAACAGAGCCCUCUUGAGAGAUGUGGCUGCUCAACUGGGACUUUUGAUAGAUCAACUUCUAGUUCAGUCUUUAUGAGCAAUUUAUUAUUUUUGGUUGAGUUCUGACAUUUUAAUGAAUUUGACUUCAUUUGUUUUUAAGACUUUUUAAAGUGUCAUGGGUUUUUUUUAUCGUGGAUAUCAACAUUAUGGAUGCUGCUGCUACUUCCUGAGGAUGUUCAAAGUAGAUGGGAAAACGCCAAAUUUAGAGAGACUUCAGCUAUCCCAGGCAGUAAUCCUACUUGAUAAAUUCUGUAUAGAACUACUAGGGGAUGCUGUUCCUUUACCAGCUGGGUUGUAUCAUUAAGUUGUACACCAGACUCAUGGGUGUUAAGGUUCUUGUGAUUAUGUACAUAAAUUAUCGAGUGAGUGUUACUUUUUCUUCACAUGGUUGGAAGAGAAAUGUGGUCUAGUUAACAAUUUAAACAAAAGUUGUAGCAGAUGUCAUGUUGGGGUAGGGGAGGGUUUCAAUUUGUUGAAGUAGAUGCUGCCACUGCUUCUAAAUACAUUUCAAGUAUUGGGGUAAAUACUCUGAUUCACAAAACAAUGUAUGAGCAAAUUGAGGGAUUUCAAGGGCUUUAAUUUUGUAGGCUUUGAAUUUAUUUUAUGGACUUUUGAUGCUUAGCCAGAUCACCUCCUCUUCACCUCAUGGUCUGUUAGGAUUGUAUUGACCUACUGCCUAAGAGUCUGAUGUGACAGUGAGAGGAAGAGGGUCAAUGUCAUUUAAGGGAGGCUGUCAGAAGAGGAAAUGUAAAUGAAACCAAACAAAAUGUUGGCCCAGUGCAGUUUCUUCCCAUUUGUGACAAGAAUAUUAAACUAUUUCUCCAGCUUUGGCAUCAGACUUGGUAGGUUCUGUGGGUGGGACUGGUUCUUAGUUGUGAAAGCAGGAUCCAUAACUAUUCAGGAAAACAUACUAGAUGUUUCAUAAGCUACCAUCUGCUGGUAGAUGCUAGUCUGGCAUUUUAUAUCAAGGGUGCUCUGAACAUAAUUUUAUUUUUUAAAAGAAGAAAUACAUGUUUGUGUACUUUAUGUAUACUGGCAAGCUUUUUAAAAUUUAUUUAAUUUUGUAAUGUUUUAUCAAUGAGUUUUAUUUACCAGAUAUUUACUCAAAUAAAUGCAACAAAUUGGGGGUUUGUUUUAUGUGUAUUUUA